AUGGUAGCCCCGCUGCGAAUCCUGAGAAAGGGGUGGAACGAAAAGUUGCUGCUGGAGCGGACUAUAUUCACGCAGGUGUUCAGGGGCGGUAGCGUCAUCGGAAGUGGUAGCACGAAUAGAGGGUGUGGUGCCCUCCCUUGGCACUUCUCCAGGAGAAGCAUAAAUAUCUCUAGGAGAUGGUUGAACCAAGACCCGUACACCGUGCUGGGUUUGUCCCGGAACGCCACGACAAAUGAAAUUAAGAAGCAGUUUCGCUUGCUAGCCAAGAAGUAUCACCCAGAUAUCAAUCCAUCCCCAGAUGCAAAGCAAAAAAUGGCCUCCAUAACGGCAGCAUACGAACUUUUGUCAGAUCCAAAGAAGAAAGAAUUUUACGACAAAACAGGAAUGACAGAUGAUAUGAAUUAUGAUGGACAUGCGUCUGCUGGAUCUGCUUCUAACUUCGAAGGAGCCUUUUCCGGAUUUGGAGAUGCCUCAUUCAUGUUCACUGAUUUUGCUGAAAUGUUUAGUAACAUGGCUGGAUCUAAAACGACUUCCACCAGGGGAGAAGAUAUUCAAACAGAAAUUACUCUCAAAUUUAUGGAAGCAAUAAAGGGGUGUGAGAAAAACAUCCGUCUGAAUGUCAAAGUAUCUUGUAAUAAUUGUAAUGGCUCAGGAAAAAAACCAGGGACCAAUUUAACCAUUUGUAAAGUAUGUAACGGGUCAGGGAUCCAAAGAAUUGAGAGGGGGCCAAUUAUUAUUGGAGUCCCUUGUAGAAACUGCUCAGGUAAUGGACAAAUUAUUAACAACCCUUGUAAGCAAUGUUCUGGAAGUGGAGUGAAAUUUCAAACCAAAAAUAUUACCCUAGACAUCCCUCCAGGAAUUAAGAAAGGAAUGCAAAUGAGGAUACCAAAUCAAGGACACUCAGGUUAUAGAGGUGGGAAAAAUGGGCACCUGUUUGUUACUAUAAAUAUCGAACCUCAUAAAAUAUUCAAAUGGGUUGAUGACAAUAUACAUGUGGAAGUCCCCUUAACCAUGAAGCAGUGCUUACUUGGUGGGGUCAUUAAAAUUCCCACGCUUAAUGGAGAUAUGGAUCUCCUUAUCAGACCAAAAACUUAUCCUAAUUCGGAGAGAGUACUUAAAGGAAAAGGUCCUUGCAAGGUUGAUUCCCAUACCAAUGGGGACUUGAUAGUAAAAUUUAGUUUGAAAAUCCCAGACAGGUUGACCCCCAGACAGGUCGAGUUGAUUGAGGAGUUUAAUCGAAUUGAGAUGAACCAGGGAAGGGACGACACCUCGGAGACGGCCAACCUGGGUAACACCGGUACUAGCGGUAGUGGCGGCAGCGGCAGCAGUGGCAGCAGUGGUGGUGGUGGUAACAAUGGUAACAGUGGCAGCAGGGACAACGGAGCCAAUGUACGCACCUCCCGUGAAGCAGGAGCCGCCAAAGGGGCAGAGAAUCACGUCCCGGAACCCCCACCUAUCUCUCAGAAAAAAAAAAACAACGUCAACAAUUGGGAGGGAAAGAGCGAUUCCAACGUACCUAUCCCGCCACCCCCUCCGAAAUCGACAAGGCAAGGUGGGGAAGCUCAUCGUGCAGAAACACACCGAGAAGUGAACAAAGACACACGACUGCACAACAUGAAUAUUGCACACUCCAGUGGGGAAGGAUCAGCAAGGCAUACGGGCAGCUUCGACCAGUCCACCAUGACCAGUACCAAUAUGAGCACGAACAAAACAUGUAACCCGUCCUAUAAAAUGGAAGACACAACGAAUAAGGUCAACUCCUCAGGUGUAGGUUCCCCCCUCGAUAACAUAAUCAACAGUAGUAACCAGUCGGCCGAUUCGUACCAGCCUGGUGGGACGGAAGCGACAGGGGGAAAUUACUCCUCCACCUUUUCCUGUGCCAAGAAAUGGAUAUCAGACAAGUUGAGACCCAAAGCUUAA